AUGCUGUCCCUCGACGAAGAGGUCCGACUUUACACCAACGCAGAACGGGAGAAAUACUCUCUUCUAGCUACGCUCUUCGGCAUCGUAGUCGCACUGGACUCUCAGGAACGCGCAUACGUCCGCGAUUCAAUUACGGCCGCUGAGUCAGUCCCACCACUAUUUACCAAUUCCAUCCAUCCUAUCGGUCGGUUCAAUGUGGAGCUCGUACAUACUAAGAUAUGCCACGAGAGGUACUCGCCGGCGUGCACGAGGUUGUUGUCGCAGUAUAUGACGAUGCUCAAGUUGGUCAAGGAUUCGAUCCCGUCGAUCGAGGAGUUCAUGACCCGCUAUCGCCUUGAUACGCCUGCUGCGUUGCACAGGAUCAAGGUAGGGGUGCCCGCUACGGUGGAACAUUCGAGCGAAGCUGGUCCGGAGACUGGAAAAUGGAUAGCUGAAACGACACAGAACUUCAUAACCUUCAUGGACGCACUCAAGUUACGUCUACGCGCAAAAGAUCAGCUGCAUCCUAUCCUUCAAGAACUUGUUAUGGGGUACACAAGGUUUAAGGGGAGCAAGGAAUGGGAGGGAAGAAGUCACAUGGUUGGGUGGUAA